UUUGACAUUUGACGAAAUAAAAUAGUUGCGGCGUGUGUUUCGUAUUCUUUCUGCUCUUUAUAUUAAACUUGUUAAAAAUCAAAUAAAAUAAUGGAUGAUGAAGCAGAAACUUACAAACUAUGGCGUAUUCGCAAAACAAUUAUGCAGUUAAGUCAUGACCGUGGUUAUUUAGUAACUCAAGACGAAUUGGAUCAAACAUUGGAGCAGUUUAAGGAUAUGUUUGGUGACAAGCCUAGUGAAAAACGUCCCGCGCGUGCUGAUUUAAUAGUUCUGGUUGCGCACAAUGAUGAUCCUACCGAUCAAAUGUUUGUCUUCUUUCCAGAUGAACCAAAAAUCGGCAUCAAAACUAUCAAGACUUAUUGUACGCGCAUGCAAGAAGAGAACAUACACCGUGCAAUUGUCGUAGUGCAAGCGGGUAUGACACCUUCAGCGAAACAAUCACUUGUCGACAUGGCACCAAAGUACAUACUUGAGCAGUUUUUGGAGUCGGAAUUGUUGAUUAAUAUUACUGAGCAUGAAUUGGUGCCAGAACAUGUAGUAAUGACACCUGAAGAGAAGCAAGAGUUGUUAGCUCGUUAUAAAUUAAAGGAAAACAUGUUAAUGCGUAUACAAGCUGGUGACCCCGUGGCACGUUACUUUGGUUUGAAACGUGGACAGGUUGUUAAGAUUAUACGCUCUUCCGAAACUGCUGGACGUUACAUAUCUUAUCGUUUAGUAUGUUAGGCGGAAAAUAAAAUGGAAUAGAAUAAAUUUAAGUUUUACAAUAUAAGAAUUAAAAAUAAAGUACGAAAAAAUUUA